AUGGUUUUCUGUCAAAAAUACCAUCCAUCCCCAGUGCUGAAUCUUUUUUUCUUGAACAAAACCCGAUUUUCGUCUAAUAUUAAAAUGCGCAUUGCCUUUUGUUUCCGCAUUUCUCAAUUCCUAGUACCACUGCCUUAAUUGUGCUAGGUUUGAAUGUAUAUGUUGUAGGUUUACAGACAAAUAUUCACUUAGUUUGUUUUGGUUCUGUUUUUUCUUUAGAUUGUUCAGAGAGAUAGAUAUGGCUGUUGGUGCAGAGGCUAUACUAGUUUGUGUGUGGGGAAUUCUUCAUUUUUCCAUGAAGACUACUAGUUUAUGUGUACAGAAGCAUCCAUUUGUUUCAGCCAUUUUGUUUUUCAUCUACUUCCUUUAUGUAUUUGUCAAUCUUUUUGUCUUCUGGUUUCCAUUUCUGGUCUGCAUUGCUGCUCUGCUUAGAGUUUUUUGGACUUCUGGAGGACUCACAAUCCUAGAGGUCAAACGGGAUGAGAAACGGAUUAAUGAUCGAAUUCCAUGUAAAAAAUCUGAAUCUGUUCAAGAUGAUGUUGCUGUUAAUCGAGAUGGGUGCUCCGUCUUAACAAAACAGAAAAGUAGACGAACAAAUGUUGCAAGAAGGUGCACAGAAGAAGGGGAUGCACAAGCUGGCAAGGUGGAAAAAGACGUGCCUAUAUCGACAACUUGGAAAGAUAAUUUGAUCAGUGGAACUGCCUUGGUUGGCAAAAACACCAAGGCAGUCAUGGAGGAGAAAGAGAAUAAAACUUCCCGUCAUGGAGAGAUGUCCACUGCUAAAGCACCAUCUACUGACAAUAUUCAACUUCUUGUUGAGCAGGACCAAUCUGUCCUAGAUUCUGACCUUUCAGAUUCUCAUCUCUUGUCGUCUGAUGACUCAGAUGGACAGACUGAAAAAUCCGAAGGUGGUGGGAUUGAUGAAGGAACAGCACAAGAGGAUGGGAAUAAGGCUGUGCAGUGGACAGAUGAUGAUCAAAAAAAUCUUAUGGAUCUUGGAUUUUCCGAGAUUGAAAGAAACAAAAGGCUGGAAAGUUUAAUUGCCAGAAGAAGAGCAAGAAAGUUAUUCAAAAUCCAGGUUGAGAAAGGUCUAAUUGACUUGGAUACUAUAAUACCAGGUCAAAUUGCUCCUAUUUUUAUUGCAAAAAACAACCCUUUCGAAUUCGUGGAAGGCUGUAAUGAGAUGGACACACCUGGUUCAGCGCCUUCCAUUUUGUUACCUAUGCAAAAUCCAUUUGAUCUUCCAUAUGAUCCACUUGAAGAGAAGCCGAACCUUAUGGCAGAUAGUUUCCAACAAGAAUUCACAGCAGUUCAGCAAAAGGAUGUGCUAUUUUGCAGGCAUGAGAGCUUCUCUUUGGGGGCUUCUUCUUUCCCAUUAGAAACCAGGAAGAAAGCAAUGGAUGUAAAGGGGUUCUCCAGAUUUAAGAAGCAAUCAGAGACAGGAUCUCACGAUAAGCAUAUCGAAAGAAUGCUGUCGGGUAAGCAUGAUGAUGUUAUUGAAGCUCUGUUGUCAAAAGUACGUGACAGAUCUGAGAUUGACAGCAACCCUGAUAUUGCUGAGAAUGGAAUUGAAUCCUCCUCCGUUCAGGCAACAAGCUCAGUGAAACCCAAAGAUGGAGGCAGCGGAGAAACUCAAAGUGCGAUUGAUAUCAAAGGAGAGAUGAAGAUAGAAAAUAUAAGUGAAGGUCAGAUGGAGCAACAAAUAACAGAUGACAGCAAUGAUGAUGAGUCAAGCUCAACAUCAUAUUCUGAAGAAGAUGACCACACAUUUAAUGCUAGUACAUCUGGACCACCCCCUCAAAAUGCAUUAUCGAAAGUGAGACAUGUUCCACCAAAACCUUUAACUUGUUCAGUCCCGAAGAGCAAAACUGUGAAAGAAGCUUUAUAUGAAUCUAGCCCGUCUGCAAAUGAAAGGAGCAGAUUUGAAGAACGUUUGUUUUAUGCAGAAAGGGGCACUUGUCAUACUCCUACGUACUCUAUAGCUUCUGACCUGCAGGUGGAGGUCUCAGAGCUUGGUUCACCUCCACUGACCAUUGACGGGGCCAAUUCACCCACAGAUAGAGAAUCAUUGAACUUAGAUGGGGACUUUGAAAGAGAGUAUGUGUGGGCAGCCUCAUCUCAAUCAUCCAGAACAGAAGAAAAUGAAUCAAAAUCGAGGGGAGUAUGGGGACUAAGUGAGAAGGACCUUGCAGACAUAAGAUCUUCAGGAAACAAUAAGAACACCAAGGGUGCUGCUGAAUCAUCCAUGCCUUUGCAACAGCCAGAAGAACUAGAUGAUGCGUGUUCAUUGUCAUCUUCAAUGACAGAAAUUUAUGGAGACAGUCAAGUCCAUUCGGUGAAUUCUGAUGGAAAGAUCCAUGAUGAUGUCAGGCAAGUAGUGGAAGAAGUUGGGAACCCAAAGACUUCUAGCUCAUUGAAUGCACUUUCGCCCGAAAAUCAAGAGGAAACAAUGAAGUUGACAGAUAAGUUGGUAUCUCAUCCUUCUGUAAAUUCAGAGGAAUCGUCUAAUCCUCCUGGUGAGACUACAAAGAAGGUGAAUGUUCCAGCAGCCAACACAAUUGAUAACUCGAAAGAUGAGAAGAAAAAUACAGACAGAGACAGUGGAGCCCAGAUAUCGACUAAGAAAAAGUCUGUGAGAGGGCUAUCAAAACCAAAUGAGGGGACUAUUUCAGAAUCUAACAGGCAUUUGGAGAAA